GACAAUCAGCUACGAUCCUUGCCUGCACAGUGGAUUUAAAAUCAACUGCAAAUUGCUAAAAGAAUUGCACUUCAAGUGGUCACAAGAGACAGGAGAAGCAGGUCUUCACUAUAAUGGAAGAGGCCAAGAGCUCAAAGAAUGGAAAUCAUGACCCAAGGAAGUCUGUCCGUCUUGUUUGUGAGGAAGGCAAAGCAGUCAAAGUUAUAAAUAAUCAAAAUUAUAAACAUAAUAGAAAUGACAAGUCUGUGAAGGAUGUUGGGAGAAGUUCUCCAAGUGGGAAUACCAGCAAGAAAGGUAAACAAAAUGAUGCUUGUUCUGAAAAACAAGGAGAAAAUAAAUCAUGCAAAAUAAACAGUUGUGUGCCUGGAACUAAAGAUAUGGGCUCAAAUGUUCAGGAUCGAAGUAAUGGAAAAACAAAAAAAUUUUCUAAUUUAUCAUCAGCAGUGGAAAACCUGAAACAGACAAAAACUCAACCAGUAGGAGAAAACUUUCCAGUCUCCCAAGCUUCAGGGGAUGGGAUCAGUAUGGAAAGCUUAACAGCUAUGCAGAAAGGGAAACUGAUGUUGGAAAACCCUGUGGGAGUUCACACUUCGAAGACUAGUGUUGAUCAUACUAGUGAUCCUGGUAAGACUGUUUCAGAUCAAAGAAAAAUGGAACAUAAGCCUGAUGACUUCAGUAAAAUAAAGAAUUCUGAAUCAACUAAAGAACACACUUUGGAAGCUGAUUAUUUAGAAAGCACCGCUACUAUUGAUGAAUCUAAUCUGACAGUUGAACAGCAGCUAGGAUUGAAACAAGCUGAAGAACGUCUGGAAAGAGAUUAUAUCUCCCGACUUGAAAAACGCUCCCCAGAAUACACCAACUGUCAGUAUCUAUGCAAGCUCUGCUUAGUUCACAUUGAAAAUAUCCAGGGAGCUCACAAGCAUAUUAAAGAAAAACGUCAUAAGAAAAAUAUAAUGGAAAAACAAGAAGAAAAUGAGCUGCGUGCUCUCCCACCUCCCUCUCCUGCCCAGCUGGCUGCUCUGAGUUUUACUCUCCUUGAGGCAGCAAAUGAACAAGGUAUAUCAGAUGAUGACUUCAGAGUUCGUCAAGAAAUUGUAAACGAGAUGGAGAAAAUUAUUCAACAGCCCUUGCCAGACUGUUCACUGAGGAUGUAUGGCUCCUGUUUAACUAGAUUUGCUUUUAAGACCAGCGAUGUUAACAUUGAUAUCAAAUUCCCCCCUAAGAUGAGUCAACCAGAUGUUCUGAUACAGGUGCUUGAAAUCCUGAAGAACAGUGCUGUCUACUCAGAUGUGGAGUCAGAUUUCCAUGCCAAAGUUCCUGUUGUCUUUUGCAAAGAUGUUAAAAGUGGUUUGAUAUGUAAAGUAAGUGCUAGAAAUGAUAUGGCUUGCCUUACAACUGACCUGCUGGCUGCACUGGGUAAACUGGAGCCUGUCCUUAUUCCCUUGGUUUUGGCUUUCCGCUACUGGGCUAGACUCUGCCACAUUGACUGUCAGGCUGAAGGUGGGAUUCCAUCGUAUUCCUUUGCCUUAAUGGUGAUAUUUUUUCUUCAACAAAGGAAACCACGUAUUUUACCAUCCUAUUUGGGCAACUGGAUUGAAGGCUUUGAUUCCAAGAGGCCAGAUGACCACCAGCUGAAAGGUAUAGAAGAGGAGUUUGUGCGGUGGGAGUACAAACCACCAGCAAAUGGUGCAGCAAAAAACUCCGUUGGAACAGAAAGUAAAGCUAAAGUUGAACAACCAAAAGGUGGUGGUAAAAAGGUAACAAGCUCAGAAGUGGACAACCAAAGUAAUGCAAAGGAGAAACAUGGCAAUUCUCUCUUAGCAUUCAAAACCCCUCACCAAGUUUCACUGGGGCAACUGUGGUUAGAACUCUUGAAGUUUUACACACUGGAAUUUGCUUUGGAGGAGUAUGUCAUCAGCAUACGGGUACAGGAGCUCUUAACCAGAGAGAAUAAAAACUGGCCUAAAAGGCGAAUAGCCAUCGAAGAUCCUUUUGCACUAAAGAGGAAUGUUGCACGAAGUCUAAAUAGCCAGAUGGUAUUUGAGUACAUCCUGGAGCGAUUUAGGACAGCGUAUAAAUAUUUUGCAUGUCCACAAAGUAAAGAUGGGAUUAAAUCCAAGCCAGAUACCAAGAAAAAAGAAAAAGGGAAAAUGAAUAAUAAGAAGUCCUCGAGAUCUGAAGAGCCUGUAGCCAACUGUUGCCUUCCACAAGGGGAAAAAGUUGUAGAUAAACAAAAUAUAGGAAGUGGAUGUAACAUACCAGAGAAUGAACUUGAAUGUAAUGAAGUGGUAGAAGCUGUAGCCAAAAGAGGUACUUCAAAGAACAUGGACUCUUUGCUACUUUCAACAUUGGACUCUAGUUGCGAUGAAGACAAAGAAGAAGCUUUAUCCCUUAUUUCUAAUGAAUGCUGUGAAUUAAAGCAAAAAUCACUUAAUGAGAGGGAUGAUUUAGAGAUUUCAGUUUGUAUAACUGAAGGUGAGCUAAGCCCCCACUGCAACUGCAGUGAACAUCAGCCCUGCGAAACAAAUUCUAGUAAUGAAUUUUCUGAUGCUGAAAGUAGACAGAGUUUGGUAACAGAGUCUUCUCAGAAGAGUAAGUGCACUGGCACACCAGCUACCUCGCCCAACUGCAAAGCAAUGGUGGAAGCUCAUGAUCUCAAAGACGAAGGCAAACUCUCUACAGAAGAAAUGCAUUAUGUGUUUGAUAAAUUUAUUUUGACUUCAGGAAAGCCACCAACUAUAGUAUGCAGCAUCUGCAAACGGGAUGGACAUUCCAAAAAUGACUGCCCAGAGGAUUUCAAGAAAAUUGAUCUAAAACCACUACCGCCAAUGACAGACAGAUUUCGGGAAAUACUUGAUAUAGUGUGUAAAAGGUGUUUUGAUGAAUUGUCCCCUCCUUUGUCUGAGCAACAAAACAGAGAACAAAUUCUGGCAAGUUUGGAAAGAUUUAUUCGAAAAGAAUAUAAUGACAAAGCCAGACUUUGCUUGUUUGGCUCUUCAAAGAAUGGAUUUGGGUUUCGGGACAGUGAUCUAGAUAUCUGCAUGACGUUAGAAGGCCAUGAAAAUGCAGAGAAAUUAAACUGUAAAGAAAUAAUAGAAGGUUUGGCAAAAGUUCUUAAGAAGCAUCCAGGUUUGAGAAACAUCUUGCCUAUAACAACAGCCAAAGUGCCUAUAGUGAAGUUUGAACACAGACGGAGUGGAUUAGAAGGAGAUAUCAGUUUAUACAACACACUGGCACAGCACAACACAAGAAUGCUGGCUACAUAUGCAGCUAUUGAUCCUAGAGUGCAAUAUCUGGGCUAUACAAUGAAAGUUUUUGCAAAGCGCUGCGAUAUUGGAGACGCGUCCCGUGGCAGUCUGUCCUCCUAUGCCUAUAUUCUUAUGGUUUUAUACUUCCUCCAGCAGAGAAAUCCACCAGUUAUUCCAGUUCUUCAGGAGAUAUUUGAUGGAAAACAGAUUCCACAAAGAAUGGUGGAUGGGUGGAAUGCCUUUUUCUUUGAUGACAUGGAAGAAUUGAAGAAACGUCUUCCUUCUCUUGGGAAGAACACUGAGUCACUUGGAGAGCUCUGGCUAGGCUUGCUGCGAUUCUACACUGAAGAGUUUGACUUCAAGGAGUAUGUGAUCAGCAUCCGGCAGAAGAAGCUGUUAACAACCUUUGAGAAACAGUGGACAUCCAAAUGUAUUGCCAUUGAAGAUCCUUUCGACUUGAAUCAUAAUCUUGGUGCUGGAGUCUCUAGGAAAAUGACCAAUUUCAUAAUGAAGGCGUUUAUCAAUGGGAGAAAAUUAUUUGGUACCCCAUUCUACCCAACUGUUGGAAGAGAAGCUGAAUACUUUUUUGACUCCAAAGUGCUGACAGAUGGAGAAUUGGCACCCAAUGACAGAUGUUGUCGUGUUUGUGGAAAAAUUGGUCACUACAUGAAAGACUGUCCGAAGAGGAGGAGGUUGAAGAAAAAGGAGAAUGAGAAAGAUGAUGAAAAGGAAGUGAAAGAAGAAGACAGAGAAACAAGAGAGAAAAGGUGUUUCAUCUGUGGAGAUGUGGGUCAUGUUAGAAGAGAUUGUCCUGAAUUCAAACAAACCCGUCAGAGAAAUAAUAACGUGCCAGGCACCCAGUUGGUCCGGAGCUUGGUAAAUUCACAGCUAGUGGCUGUGAGUCAGCAGCAAGUGGAACGACCCUUGCGCACUAGACAGUCAUCAGAAUGUUCUGACUCGCAUCAGUCAUCUUACUCUCCACAACCUCAGCAAUUUACACAGAACUCUUCUCAGCCAGCCUCCAUUAACCAGACUCAGCCACAACCAAUAUCCCAGUCUAAGCACGUUCCGCCACCACAGCAGGGUGCACAGCCACCCCAUCAGGUCCAGCUGCCUUUGUUUAACUUUCCCCAAUCUCCCCCAGGUCAGUAUUCCACCUUGCAUAACCUGGGACUACUUCAGAUGCACCAUCACCACCAAAUUCAGCUUCCCAACACUUCUUGGCCUAUUCAUGGGCCUGUAAUUCACUCUGCACCGGGUAACCCUCAUCAUUCUACAAAUAGCAGUGUAAGCUUGAAUGAUCCCAGUAUCAUCUUUGCACAGCCUGCUGCCAGGCCCAUGGGAAUCCCCAGCACUUCUCAUGAGGGACACUGGCACAAUCCUGUGACUCCAAACUCACUGGUGAACAAUGGCACUGUGGGGAAUUCAGAUCAGGGUUUCCAAGGACAGUUUGGUAAAAUGAACCCUCCUUCUGUCCCUUGGGACCAUGGGACCCCUACCCAUUUUCCUCUCCUCCGAGGAGCGUGGCCUUACAAUAUGCCUCAGAACUACAUGCAGCAGGGAAAUGCCAGCUACCCACCGAACAAACCUUUCUACCCUCAAGCUGGUCCACUGAUGCAGAGUAACCAGCGGUUCUCGCUUCUGUCUCAAGGACACCCACACUUGAAUCUGAAUUACAUUCAACAGAAAAAGUGAAAUUGAAUGGGAUUUUGGGGGGAGGGUGGAUGGGGGAGGGUAGGGGAGGAAAAAAAUAAUCAGGUUCUGAUUUAAAAUCUUAAUGCAACAUGUUUAGAUACAAGAUUAUUUAAGACUGUUUUUAAACUGUAUCAUUUGUACAUAGAUAUGAAGUAUAGUUUUUACUAGUAUCACAAAACUGAGUGAUACAAAUGUCAUCUAUUUUAUUACCCUAUUUUUAAGGGGAAUUGUGUUUUGUUUUAUCUUGAUAAACUGUAAAGAGAGAGAAUUUUUAAAAUUAAGUUCUUUAUUUUCUAUUAGCUGUAUUCAUACUUUGGUUGCUUCAGACUUUAUAUAUAUUGUUCUAAAAAAAAAUAAAAUUAGAAGGGGAUUUCAUGUGUUUAAAAAUUUGUCACUUCUAUUCUUUACAGAACUAUGUAGUGCCAAAAAACUUUUUAAAAGAAAAAUAAAACUGCAAAAAAAGGACAU